AUGGCGAUGCGACUGCUGAUAGUCCUGGUCAUGGCGCUGCUGCCAUGGGAAGGAGCAGGAGGAAGUGGUGGAGGAGGAGCAGGAGGAGCUUGGUCGAGAGUAUGGAUGUCAAGAAAGACACAGGAUCCACUGCUGCUGGCUGGAGAUGCUGCGUCCAACAGGAUUGUCUUGUUAGAAAGGGGAUCGCCAAGAAAAAUUCGGGAAUGGCUAGUUCAGCAAAAUCACAGAAACAUUGUGAGGCUACGAGGAGGUCAACAAAGUGCCUCCCUUGCAUCAGCGCUGAGUUCCAUCGGUUUGGAAAGAUACGUUGAAGUUUUCGAAAAGGAGGGGAUAAAGCCUCGAAAUCUGGAGUCGCUGACAGCGCCUGAUCUCAAAGAGCUGGGCAUGCAGCUGCUGAACAAAUUGCUGGCCUUUUCAAAGCUCACAGCUUAUCAUGUUCUCAACUACAGAGAAGUGAGAAUGAAGAUCGUUCAACGUGUUAUGGUCCUCUGCGGCUCAAGGGACUGGGACACGCGAGCUGCUGCUUGCAAGACUAUGGAACUGAUUGCAGCGGAGGUAGAGGAGGAGAGCCUGGAUGCCGCUGCAGCCGGGGCCACAGCAGGGGACGCAAGAGCGUACUCUCCUUCAUCACAUGAUGACACGUUGAUGUUUGAACCGCUGAAGAGGCUGGAGAUUCUUGAAGAGAUCAAAGAUUCUUCGUUGCUGUUUGCCCAGCCUGCCAACUCAAUCGUAGACGCGACUCCCAGUAACAACGUCAAGGGAAGAAAGAGCGUCAAAGGAAGAUUGGAGGCGGAAAAGGAGAAGGACCAACGUGAUAGCACCGAGCGAGAGCUCGGGGAGGAAAUGAUUGUGCAAUACGGCGGUCAGGGAGAAGGCGAGGAGAAAGACUUGAGUUGGGUCUUGAGCGAUGUCUGUAAGAGACAACCUCCUUCACCCUGCCUGGGAAGUCAGGCAAUGGCCAAGUGCGAGAGCUCCUGGCACGGAGCUGCUCUUGUCCUGAAACACGUCCUCAAGUACCAUCCGUGCUCUACAAACAAGACCAUCGCCAAGAAGGAGGACGAUGACGUCAUCAGAAGGAGUUUCGUCAUCGAGUGCGUCGUUCAGCUCCUCAGAGUCCUCGCUCUUGACAGGUGGGACGAGCAAAGUUGUGACGAGUCAUGUCUGUGA